AUGUCUACCGUCACCAAAAAAAUCACAUUGCUCCCUGGAGACCAUGUCGGCACUGAAGUCGUUGCUGAAGCCGUGAAGGUGCUCAAGGCCAUUGAGGAAAACACCCCAUAUCAAAAGAUCAAGUUUGAGUUUCAGAACCAUUUGAUUGGUGGUGCUGCUAUCGAUGCUACCGGUGUUCCUUUGCCAGAUGAGGCUUUGGAGGCCUCCAAGAACUCCGAUGCAGUGUUGUUGGGUGCUGUUGGUGGCCCCAAGUGGGGAACUGGUGCUGUGAGACCAGAGCAAGGUUUGUUGAAAAUCAGAAAAGAGUUGGGACUCUACGCUAACUUGCGUCCAUGUAACUUUGCCUCGGAAUCCCUCUUGGAGUUGUCCCCAUUAAAGGCUGACGUUGUCAGAGGUACCAACUUCACCGUUGUUCGUGAGUUGGUCGGAGGUAUUUACUUUGGUGAGAGACUGGAGCAGGAAGAGUCUGCCAACAACGACGAGGCAUGGGAUACCGAGAAGUACUCUGUCUCUGAGGUGACCAGAAUCACCAGAAUGGCUGCAUUCAUGGCUUUGCAGCACAACCCACCUUUACCUGUUUGGUCUUUGGAUAAGGCUAAUGUGUUGGCUUCGUCUAGAUUGUGGAGAAAGACCGUCGACAAGGUCAUGUCAGAAGAAUUUCCUCAAUUGACCAUUCAGCAUCAGCUUAUCGACUCUGCUGCCAUGAUCUUGGUCCAGAGCCCUACCAAAUUGAACGGUGUGGUGAUCACUUCCAACAUGUUUGGAGACAUCAUCUCCGAUGAAGCCUCGGUGAUUCCUGGCUCAUUGGGUCUCUUGCCAUCUGCAUCUUUGGCUUCUUUGCCUGACACCAAUAAAGCUUUUGGUUUGUACGAGCCAUGCCACGGUUCUGCUCCAGACUUGCCAGCCAACAAGGUCAACCCUGUUGCAACCAUUUUGUCUGUUGCAAUGAUGUUGAGAUUGUCUUUGGACAGUUUGAAGGAGGCUGAGGCUUUGGAGAAGGCUGUUGGUGUUGUUUUGGACUCUGGAGUUAGAACUGCCGACUUGAAGGGCACCAGUUCCACCACUGAGGUUGGUGACGCUAUCUGCGAGGCUGUCGCCAAGAUCUUGAAGGAGGGUGCUUAG